UAUCACGUGCUUAAACCGCCAAUAUUCGGUUGUCGGUCGUCGGUCGUCGGUCGUCGCCCGUCGUUUUUGCACAAUUCUUGCCGGCGCUUUUGACACUUCCACAUUACUCCAUCAAUACGCAUCUACAGGCUCUCAGACUACCACCAUUGUGUAGCGCCAGCGAUUCUGAGUCCAACCAUACCCUCUUCAUCCAACAGCAUCCACCAUGAGCUCCGGAGCGGAAGAAAUUAUGGUUAUGCUGCAACGCAUAUCCAACGACCUACGCAGCGUAAGGGACUCUCAGGAGAGUACCACAAGGGCUGUAGAGGUCCUCAGAAGCGAUGUGGACUCUCUAAAAGGCCGGACUCAAAAUUUCCCAGCCACCCCAAACCCCAAUCGUAUAAACACCCAAACAAGUUUUCCGCCCGCUCUUGCUUGUAACUCUCUCCCCUCUAUACCUGCGAUCUCUCAACACCACUCACCUGCGGCUGUGGGCAUCGCCCAGCACGCCUCUUCGUCUCAGUACGCCUUUACAGCGAACAGUAUCAACCUCAGCGGCCAGUUUAACCCUCAACCUGCCCCCCCUCCUCUCCCCCCUCUCCCUACGCAGAAUGAACAAACAUUUGUUCGGCCUUUCAAUGCUCAGCAGGCCGCAGCAGAGUAUCGAACAGGCCCUGCUGCGACUGUGGUCGGCACUUCAAUACAAGGAGGACAGCACGUGUUUACCAAGCCUUUGUCACAGUUAGCCAAAACCGCUCCUACCAAACCCCCCAGGAUUGAUUACGUCUUCUUCGGAACGACAAAGGAGGUAGAUCUGCUUCUCUUGUCUAGAAUGCGCUUAACCAGUCCCACGCAGCUAAUCUACAUCCCCACUCGGGCAAUCUUAGACUGGAAUGGUCCCCUGCAGGGUGUUAAUUUCGACUGUUUGAUGGACCUUUUGACCAAGCAGAGAUGUGUCUUCGAUCCCUCCCUGCCCAGGAAUACGAGCUCUGCCACAGACGUACAGAACCACUUGACUAUAGCAUACUUAAAGCGUGGACAUGACCUCACCAAACACGGAUAUAUUUGGGCCGAAAGAAGUCGUCACGACCACAAACUUCUAGUCACUGCUCACCAAACCGAGCUCACCAGCAUCCAGCUCCACAACAAGUUCGUCAAGAAGGACCAUGCUUUCAUUGUUUGCGAUGGAGAGGGUGAUCCAGGCUUUAUGGAGGACCUUGCCACCAGGAUUAUAGAGGCAAAAAGAAUCACCCGGAGGAGAAGGGGCAAGAAAGGCCGGGACCGAUAUGAUGACGACGACGAUGAAGAGGACGAGGACGAGGAGGCUCAAGCCAUCACCUGUGCGGAUUGUCAGCAAAUUUGGGCAAACCAGGAGCUAUACGAACGUCAUCGAGGACAAUGCUCGAAAAGGCCUGUCAAUAUGUCCGAGGGGCGUAUGCUGGACCUGCAUCCCCCCGUUUUUGCCAUUCCUGAGCCCUCGAGCCCGAGCCCUCCCUUGUUCACCAUUCCUGAACGUUCGAGUCCAGUGACAGAAGAGAUGCACGCCCCUCGCUUUCAACUGAUACCAUCCGACCCAGCAGUGGAACAGACAUUGGAGUCGGCUCAUGUGUUGAAUACUCCAUCCCGUACACAGACAGCUCUUGAGAACCUUCGGGCGGCAUUAGCAUCCAGCGAACGUCCCUCCAGGCCUUCUGUAAGUCCAUUGGCGUCUCGACGACGUGCGGGCGUCAAUGAGCCGCCUAUCUCGCUUGGUUCAAGUACAAAUCGACGAGCUGCUACAUCUCGCUAUCCUACCCGGUCUGGAAAUGCCCCCCGACCCAGAACCCCUCGAGGUAAUGCACCACAAUUGCCCGUUCCUGCUAUACAAUCUCCGCGUACGCCGCCUCGUCGUAGAAGGUCUCGACCAGCUCGUAGAUCUCCAUUGAGGGACGCUGUGGGACCGGAGACACCCAGGGAACCAGCAGGAACAAGCGCCCGCUCGGGUCGGGUUCGCUUCAAUAGUUCACGAGUGACGGGCAAUAACUGACAGGUGUUUGACAAGAUGUUAUAACUUAUAACGGUUUAUAACUCACAUCAUCCACUCGGUUGUAUCUCAAUUGAAACAAUGUUGCAGCUCUUCAAUGUAUACAUACAGCUAUAUACGAUCACCGUACUCCUUCAGCAUCAACCUCCGCAGUGUAUCCUUG